AUGCUGAACCACCGAGUAAAAAGCCCACUACCACCGAAACCUACUGCCACCGCAGGAUUGUUGCUGAUGAUGUUCGCUCCGUUGUCGGCAGUGGCUCAGGCCACACUGGAAGAGAUCAUUGUUACUGCGCAAAAGCGAGAACAAUCCGUACAGGACGUGCCCAUAUCCAUCACGACUGUCGGCUUGGACGCGCUGAACAACAACAUCGUCAACAACGUCUACGACCUCCAGGCAGCGGUUCCCGCAUUGCAGGUUCAAGCGGUUGAUCCGCCUGGGCAGGGCACUGCUUUUGCGCUGCGGGGUUUGGGCAACUCUGUAUUUAACCUGGGGUUUGAUCCAGCAGUCGCCACCUUUGUUGAUGGCAUUUAUCGCAGUCGCUCAGGGGUUAUUGCGUCAUCGGAUUUUCUCGACCUGGAACGCGUUGAGGUGCUUAAGGGUCCUCAGGGCACCCUAUUUGGCAAAAAUACCACUGCGGGUGUGGUCCACUUUGUCAGUCGCAAACCCGAUUUUGAGGGCAAUUCAGGCCGCAUCGAGAUUGGCGCUGAACAGUACAGCCGGUUUCGUUUCAAAGGCUCUACCAAUAUCGUCGCCAGCGAUACCGCGGCCUUUCGCAUUGGCGCCACCUAUAACAAAGGCGACGGCUGGCUGGAUUUGAUUGGCUCUGGUGAGGAAAUUCACGACAGAGAUCGCUUUACCAUUAAGGCCCAGGGGCUUUUUCAGCCGGCGGAAAAUCUGUCGAUUCAUCUGAUUGCCGACUACUCAUCGGCCAGCGAAAUUUGCUGCACGCCGCUGCGCAAUACUAAUAGUCCGCUGGCUGGCCCGGUGAACGGACCGGCAGCCGGCGCCGUAGGAUCCGGCAUUGUCGAUCCGCCCAACCUGGACAAUCUGUUGGCCGAGUCCAACAGACCACCCCAGUUUGAGGCCGACGAUUUUGGAUUGUCAGCCGAAAUCAACUGGUCAAUCGAUGAUUCGCUGACCCUGACCUCUAUUACGGGUUACAGAGACUACGAAGACAGCGCUGACAAAGACAACGAUUUUACUGGCGUCGACGUUCUGCGCAGUAACCAGGAUUUGCCAGAAGUCAGCCUGUUUUCUCAAGAGCUGCGCCUGGCAGGCAGCACUGAGUUUUCCAGCGGUCGCUCGUUUGAUUGGUUGGUGGGGGGCUACUACUCCCAGGAAAAUAUCGAGCUGGUCAAUGAAUUUAUCUGGGGCCCGCAAAUCACCCUGUUUCCGUUUUUUGCUCCCGGUUUAUUCGGUAACACGCCAGGCCGAGCAUUUCUGCACAACAUUGAGCAAGAGAUCGAUAGCACAGCGAUUUUUGCUCACGGCGUUUUUGAACUGACCGAUGCGGUAAACCUUACGCUGGGUUUUCGGUAUUCCGAUGACGAGAAAGCCGGCUCUAUGGUCAGCGAUCACCCCCUGACCAAUGCCUUUGGGCUGUUCAACAGCCUGCCCCUGUCAGUGGUGUACGACUACGACACUACCUUUGAGGACAGUGAGCCGACCUACUCGGCGACCAUCGACUGGAAACCCAACGACAACUCCAUGCUGUUUGCCACCUACAGCCGCGGCUAUAAGUCCGGCGGCAUCAGCAUGACGCGGGACGCCGCCGGUUCAGCCGUUACCUUUGGUGAUCCGAUGUUGGGCUGCGCCCCCGGGUUCACCGCAAUCCCCAUGUCUCCAUUGUGCUCAGGUCCGGUGUUCGACCCCACGUUUGAGCGAGAGGAAGCCAACCACAUCGAAGUGGGCUACAAAGCCGACCUGAUGGCCGGUCGCCUGCGUUUGAAUGUGGCGGCAUGGAAUACCGACUUUGAAAACCUGCAAACCCAAACGCUGCGUUCGGACGGGGCGUUUGCGGUGGUGAACAUUGAAGGUGCCACCUCUCAGGGCCUGGAAAUUGAGACCCAGUUCGCCGCCACAGAAAAUCUGAACCUCAAUGCAUCCAUCCAGUUUCUGGAUGCCACCUUCGACGACGGAUUGCCCGCCCUGACCCCCGGCUUUUCCGCCCCUGGGAGGCGGCCCUUCGAAGGUUCAGCCUGGCGCUUUUUCGCCAGCGCCAAUGCGUAUUACCGAACAGACUAUUUCAACUUCACCGAGCCGAACCCGGCGUUUGUCCAGGACGGUUAUACGCUGGUGAACUUGCGCCUGGGCGUGCGCAACGACAACUGGGAUUUUGCGGUUUGGUGCCGAAACUGCGGCGACGAACGGGUGACCUGGAGCAACUUUGCGCUGCCCUUUGACGGAAUUGUACUGGCUCCACCAGGUACUGACCUGGGCACCCGUUUCUCACACGUUGCCGAGCCCAGCAUCGUAGGCGCAUCGGCCAACUAUCGAUUCUGA